CCUCUGUUUUGCUCAGGUGGCUUCGGAGCUGCUCCAGUGUUCGGCAGCCCUCCCACUUUUGGGGGCUCCCCCGGGUUCGGAGGGGUGCCGGCAUUCGGUUCAGCCCCGGCCUUUGCAAGUCCUCUGGGCUCGGCGGGAGGCAAAGUGUUCGGUGAAGGGACCUCGGCGGCCAACACGGGCGGAUUCGGUUUCGGCAACACGGCAAGCACGGUCUCCUUUGGGACGCUGGCGAGUCAGAACACCCCAACCUUCGGCUCCCUUUCUCAGCAGUCUACGGGUUUUGGCACACAGAGCAGCGGCUUCUCUGGCUUUGGGGCCAGCGGAGGAGGAUUUGGCUUCGGAUCGUCGAAUGCAUCCAAUUCUGGAUUCAGCGGCUGGAGAAGCUGAACAAGCAACUUUUCGCUCUUUCACUGUUCUGGAACUUUCCUUUUUUUAAACGUCGCUUCCUCCAACUUUUUAUACCGAACCAAAACAGAGGAAACAAACAAAAAAAAAAAACCUUCGUGAAAUUGCCUAUUUUUUCUUUUCUUUUUUUUUGUUUUGUUUCGUUUUGUUAAUGGAAAUGUUGCUCGGCUUCGCUAAAUAAAAGCUAUUUUGUCUGCUG